GAGUCCGCCAUACCGUGUGUAAAGGACUGCACGCCAGCGCUCAAGUGCACUUACUAGCGCGCACACACACACGGCAAGUGGAUGAGGAUUGUGUGUCACUGAACAAAAGUCACUCAGAUCAGCAGCCGCCUCACAUCACACAGGGACAGUCAUGGCAGAGGAUAUCAAGCAGAAGCUGGAGAAUUACCGCACGGCGCCCUUCGAUGCCCGCUUCCCGAACCAGAACCAAACGAGAAACUGCUGGCAGAAUUACCUGGAUUAUCACCGAUGCCAAAAAGCUCUGGAUGCCAAAGGUGUAGACACAACUCCAUGUGACUGGUACAAGCGGGUCUACAAAUCUCUCUGCCCUCUGUCCUGGAUCGAGAAAUGGGACACUCAGAGGGAAGAUGGAAAUUUUCCAGGGAAGAUCUGAAGGUUAACGCGCAUCAUCAGGGGAACCAAAACGCAUCUGUCUGUGGACACGUCUCUCUCCAGCUGAACAGGGCCUUAUUAAUGUUUGUUCAUAAAUGCACCUGUCAGUCUGGAGGAUGAGGCCGAUUGUUAAUGUCAUUCCUUAUUUAAAUGAAAGUGUUGCAGAAUCUGCAUUAAAAUCUCAGGCACUGAAAUGUUGA